AGACGAGGCCCCUUCUGUGGAUAGGUUUGAUUUUCUGGAUCAUUGCGUCUUGUAGGGGGUCCUCACUGAUUCACUGUUCCGUUUGGUUGACUCUUAACCUGAGUUCGUGGUGUUUCUCUUGGUCACUUACACCAGUCUUCGCCCAGUCACUUAUAAGUCCGCUCAUUUAUCUACCCGCGGCUUUAUAACUUUGCAACAAACCCAAUUGCCGAUCAUGGACGUCGUCCUCGAGGUCGUCGAUACCUUUAUCGCCGAUUACGCAUACUCCUACUUUCACCCAAAGCCUCCAGCUCCUUAUGAUUUCCCAUCGCCCUCAAACUCGACAGAUACGUCGGCCAAGGCCUUCUCAACAUGGACUUACAAGCCGGCCACUCAAUUCAUCACGCUUGAGCCAGCAGAGGAGGCAUACAUGAGCGCUUGGGAUCGUGACAACCCUCUUCGACAAGCUCUGACUCUAUAUCUUAUCACUUGGAUCUUUGGGCUUCUCGUCUACUUCAUCGUCGCGACACUCUCAUACAUCUUCAUCUUCGACAAGCGAACAUUUGACCACCCUCGCUUCAUCAAGAACCAAGUCCGCCUUGAAAUCAUUGCAGCCAACAAGGCCAUGCCCGUCAUGGCCAUCAUCACAGCACCCUUCUUCCUCCUUGAAGUGCGCGGAUACGGCAAACUCUACGACACCACCGAAGAUGGACCCGGGCUCUGGUACAACUUCUUCCAGUUCCCGCUCUUCCUCCUCUUCACCGACUUCUGCAUCUACUGGGCUCAUCGCUGGCUUCACCACCGCCUGGUCUACAAGUACCUGCACAAGCUUCACCACAAGUGGAUCAUGCCUACGCCCUUUGCUAGCCAUGCUUUCCACCCUCUCGAUGGCUUCACCCAGUCAUUGCCAUACCACAUCUUCCCCUUUAUCUUCCCGCUCCAGAAGAUGGCAUAUGUGGCGCUCUUCGUAUUCGUGAACCUCUGGUCUGUCAUGAUUCACGAUGGCGAGUAUCUCACCAACAACCCCGUUGUCAACGGCGCUGCUUGCCACUCUCUCCACCACUCUCGCUUUGAGGUCAAUUACGGCCAGUUCUUCACUGGCUUUGACCGCAUGGGUGGCACAUAUCUCAUGCCUGAGCAGUGGAUGUUCGAGCGUAAUAUGAAGAUGUCAGAGGGCCGAUGGAAGAAGGAGAUUGAGAAGGUGGAUGAGCUUAUUGAAGAGAUCGAAGGUAAAGACAACCGCACAUACGGUUCGUCUAGCACCAAGAAGACCCAAUAGAUGUGCUUCUGGUCAGCCCAAGUCCAUUACCAAUUUCUGGCACACGGGAUUUGGUCAGUUUAUAGCAUUAGGACCAAAUCUUGGACAUGCUCAUCAGCAGAACA